AUGGUAGACAGACAUACAGCCAUGCACACUGGUGAUAAUGAUAAACCCUACAUAUGUGCGGAGUGUGGGUACAGGGCAACUCAUAAGUAUGACUUAUCCGUACACAUCAGAAUCCACACAGGAGAUAAACCCUACAAGUGUGACCAGUGUAGCUAUUCUGCGGCAAAAGUCAAUUUUGACGCGCACAUAGCUGCAAAACACACCAGCGAGAAACCCUACAUGUGGAAAAAGCCCUUUAAGUGUAACCAGUGUGACUAUUCUGCUGCACAGAAAUGUACUUUAGACCGACAUGUAAUGACACACACCGGUGAGAAACCCUUCAUGUGUGGGGAGUGUGGGUACGGGACGGCUGAUAGGUCUAAGUUAUCCCGACACAUGAGGACCCAUACGUAA